AUGCUUGACUCCCAUGCUGCCUUCCCUCAGCUGGAGGGCCAAGCAGGCAAAGCAUCUGAAAGUGAACACUCCAUUGUUGAGAAACCUCAUCUGUCUGCUGGGACAAAUGACCAACUUUUCCUAAUUUUACGAGAACUAGAAGCCAAGCUGAAUAAUGCUGAGAAACAGCUGGCAGAUCUGAAAUCAUCAAUCCAAGCUGCCUUCCCUCAGCUGGAUGGCCAAGCAGGCAAAGCAUCUGAAAGUGAACGCUCCCUUGUUGAGACACCUCAACUCUGUGCUGGGACAAAUGAACAACUUUUCCUAAUAUUACGAGAACUAGAAGCCAAGCUGAAUAAUGCUGAGAAACAGCUGGCAGAUCUGAAAUCAUCAAUCCAAGGUAAGAACAUAACACAGCUGGAGGUUUUUAUUCUGACAUGUAAAGAUCAUUGUCACCAUGUGGCAUUUGGAGCAUCUAUUGGCAAUGUUGGAAAUACUGGACCAAUGAGUGCAGAGAUCACACUGACUUACAAGCAUGUCUACUUUAACUCAGGCUCUUACAACCCUGCAACAGGUAUUUUCACUGCUCCGGUCAGAGGAGUUUAUUACUUCAGCUUCUCUGGUCAUAAUUUAUCAACUAGACCGAUGGGGCUGCGUCUGAUGAAGAAUGGAGAGCAGAUGGUGACAGUGUACAACCAUGCUGCUGGAAAUCGCUAUGAGACAGCCACCAAUGGCAUGACUCUGCAGCUGGAAGCAGGAGACCAGGUGUACAUGAGGCUCCGUCCGGACACCUGGAUUUUUGAUAAUGACAACAACCACAGCACCUUCAUUGGCCAUUUGUUAUUCCCUCUGUAA